UUCCCUCCCUGAUGCGGGAGGGUGCGCCCUCCCCGGGGCGGGAGGGCCCUGUGCGGUGCCACAGGAGCUGUGGCAGGUGCCUUCGAGGAAUCUGAUCUAUGAGUGCCCCCUGCGGAGAGAGCCCCAUUCCGGCAGCCAGCCCUGCCAUGAGUGUGUGGGAGCCCGGGGUCAGCCAGAGCUGGGCAGGCAACGGUGAGCCGGCCCAGGAACCUGCCACAGAGGAGGCCUCGGCGGCUGCGGAGCUGCAAAUGAAAGUGGACUUCUUCCGGAAGCUGGGCUACUCCUCUGCUGAGAUCCACAGCGUCCUGCAGAAGCUGGGAGUCCAGGCGGACACCAACACCGUGCUGGGCGAGCUGGUGAAGCAUGGGUCAGCUGCUGAACGUGAGCGCCAGGCCUCACCGGACCCCUGCCCUCAGCUGCCCCUGGUCCCCCGGGGCGGGGGCACCCCCAAGACUCUCACCCAGGAGGCUCCACCCCCUGAGGAGGACAAGGAGGGCAGUGACCUGAGACCAGUGGUCAUUGAUGGCAGCAAUGUGGCCAUGAGCCAUGGGAACAAGGAGGUCUUCUCUUGCCGAGGGAUCCUGCUGGCCGUGAACUGGUUCCUGGAGCGGGGCCACACCGACAUCACUGUGUUUGUGCCCUCCUGGAGGAAGGAACAGCCCCGGCCCGACGUGCCCAUCACCGACCAGUACAUCCUGCGGGAGCUGGAGAAGAAGAAGGUCCUGGUGUUCACGCCGUCGCGGCGUGUGGGGGGCAGGCGGGUGGUGUGCUACGACGACCGCUUCAUCGUGAAGCUAGCCUAUGAGUCGGACGGUGUCGUGGUGUCCAACGACACCUACCGAGACCUCCAGGGCGAGCGGCAGGAGUGGAGGCGCUUCAUCGAGGAGCGACUGCUCAUGUACUCCUUCGUCAACGACAAGUUUAUGCCCCCUGACGACCCCCUGGGCAGGCACGGGCCCAGCUUGGACAACUUCCUGCGUAAGAAGCCUCUCUGUUCUGAGCAGAAGAAGCAGCCCUGCCCCUAUGGGAGAAAAUGCACUUAUGGGAUCAAGUGCCGAUUCUUCCACCCAGAGCGGCCGAGCUGCCCCCAGCGCUCCGUGGCUGAUGAGCUCCGCGCCAACGCCCGCUCCUCACCCCCAAGGGCCCCAGGCAAGGGCAAGAGUGGCCAGCGGCCAUCACCUCAGUCCAGCUCACUACCGGCCGAGGGCGAGCAGUGCAGCCCAGACAGGAAGAAGCUGGGGGCCGGGGCAUCCCCAGGGCCCCACCGGGAGGGCCUGACGCAGACCUUCCCCCCAGUGGGCCCGAGCCUUCCCCCUAGCGGAGGCAGUGGAGGCAGCUUUGGGCCCACAGACUGGUUCCCCCAAACCCUGGACUCCCUGCCCUAUACUUCCCAGGACCGCCUGGAUUCUGGUAUCGGCUCCCUGGAGAGCCAGAUGUCAGAACUCUGGGGUGCUCGUGGAGGGGGUCCUGGGGAGCUGGGCCCCCCUCGGUGUCCCUACCCGGGUUAUGGCCCCUAUGGGUCUGAGCUCCCGGCCACUCCUGCCUUCCCUGCCUACGGGCAGGCCGUGGGUGCUGGCCACUUUAGUGUACCCGCCGACUACACCCCCCCACCCCCUGCCUACCCGGCUCGAGAGUACUGGUCGGAGCCAUACCCACUGCCUCCACCCACCCCAGUCCGACAGGAGCACCGAGUGCAGGGCCCAGGGGCUGACGGGGGACCGUGGGCUGGGGGUGGGGCCGGGGCCGGGCCCAGCGGCCUGGCCAAGGAGCGAGCCAGCGUGUACACCAAGCUGUGCGGCGUCUUUCCCCCGCACCUGGUGGAGGCGGUGAUGGGGCGCUUCCCGCAGCUCCUGGACCCCCAGCAGCUGGCAGCCAAGAUCGUUUCCUACAAGGCCCAGCACCUCAGUGGGUAAGCCGGCCGGCGCCCACAGGGAACCCAAAGCCCACCCUGGUGGCUGGACUGGGGAGGACUUCUGUCGGGAAGGGAACCCACAUACUAAAGAUACUGUAGGAUUGAUUCUGGCCCUGUGGGCACCUCGAGCUGCCUGCCCGGGGGUCAGGAGCGAUCGCCCUGUUGAUGCACAUUGUAUCCCUGUAGUCUAAGGAGACGCUGCUGGUAACAGCUGUCGGUCCAUGGCUAAGGCCCAAACCCUCUUCUCAGGGCUCGGAGGGAGGCAGGGGCGCAGAGGCCUGGGCCGAGGGCCCUGUGCAUGCCCCCACCUCCACCCCAUCCCUGGGAUGCUGGCCUUGGCCGGCUAGUUGGGCACUGUGUGCCUGCCCUGCAAGGGCCCCUCCUCUAAGCCAAUGAGGCCUCGUCCGCGCUCGCACUGGGCACACGGGGCUUCAUGUUAGUAAGCAAAAUGCUUCUUAAUACCCCACCUCUCUGUCACGCUGCUGCCUGUGUCCAGGGGGAUGGGCCUCUGUCCUCGCCGCCCUUCCGCCCCCUCCCCUCUGCACUCAGGUGUGCACGCGUACAGGUGUUCAUCCUUAAGUAUCUGAAGUGCAAAAGCCCUUUCCUCCCAGCACACACCAAUAAAGUGAAUCUGUCCAAGGUA